CACAAUGUCCGGAGCCCUUGAUGUCCUGCAAAUGAAGGAGGAGGACGUCCUCAGAUUCCUUGCUGCAGGAACCCACUUAGGUGGCACCAAUCUGGAUUUCCAGAUGGAGCAGUAUAUCUACAAAAGGAAAAGUGAUGGAUUCUACAUCAUAAAUCUGAAGCAAACCUGGGAGAAGCUUCUGCUGGCAGCUCCAGCCAUAGUGGCCAUUGAAAAUCCUGCCCACAUCAGCGCCAUAUCCUCUAGGAACACCGGCCAGCGGGCUGUGCUGAAGUUUGCCGCUGCCACUGUAGCGACUCCUAUUGUUGGCCACUUCACUCCUGGGACCUUCACUAACCAGUUCCAAGCAGCUUUCCGAGAGCCACGUCUUCUGGUGGUUACUGAUCCCAGGGCAGACCACCAGCUCUUCACUGAUGCAUCUUACGUCAACCUGCCUACAAUUGCUCUGUGA